AUGCGCAAUGCAACCGUCUUUGUGUCAGAAUUUGUGCUGCACUGUGAAGUCACAUCAGAAAUUCGAAGCUUUACUGUUGUCGCCCUGGCCAUCGUUUAUCUGGUGACCCUUGUUGGAAACCUUUUGGUCCUACUGGUAAUAAUCCUAGACCACCAUCUCCAAACCCCUAUGUUUUUUUUGAUAGGUACCCUGGCUGUUAUAGACUUGCUACACAACACUAACUUGAUCCCUAAAAUGAUGGCUCUUCUCCUGUUUGACACUUCUCCUGUACCCUUUGGUGCCUGCUUGGCUCAGAUGUUUCUGGUCUUUCAUCUUGAAAUAGUAGAAUCCUUUCUCUUCACUGUUAUGGCAUAUGACCGCUAUAUUGCUGUUAUUCACCCAUUGAGAUACCCUCAACUUGUAAAUGGCAGAACUGUGUGGGCAGGCGUCUUAUUAUGCAAUGUUCUCUCUGGCAUGCCAAUGACAGUAUAUUUGGUAUUUGUCCAUGAACUUUCUUUUUGCCGCACUAAUGUCCUGCCGUAUUGCUUCUGUGACUUUGCCAGUAUGGUUCUGGUUUCUUGCACUGACAAUUCUAAAUACUUGCAUUUUCUCUCAACAACCGCAACCACGCUUGGUUUUGGGACGUUGGCAAUAACCCUCUUUUCUUAUGGCAGGAUUGCCCAUGCGGCACUCAAGAUUUCAUCAUCUGAAGGCAAAGGAAAGGUCUUUGAUGUGCUCAUCACACACCUGCUUGUGGUAUUACUCUUCUAUUUGCCGUUGCUGUCUGCUUUCAUUUUACCUGGAGUAGGAGUGAAGCUGUCAACUGAAGCCUACAACGCUUUGGUUAUAAUCGGUACUGUUGUGCCCCCGAUGAUCAAUCCCAUCAUCUACAGCUUUAGGAACAAGGAAAUGAAAAAUACGAUAAAGAAACUAUUCACGGGGAAAAGAACGACUCCAGGAAUCAAUGACCAUAAAAUACGUCAGAAAGGAAAUGAAGCUUUUAGAGGAAAAGUUGAAUCAAAUGUGAAUUUGAAAUGA